CUAAAUAAUAGAGCUUCAUUUGAAAGAGAGAGAAAAUCAGAGAGGCAACAAGAAUCCCUCCAAACUUCCAUAUCAUUUCACUGCUAUGGAGUUUCUCUUUCUGGAUCUUCAUUUUCUCUCUCAUCAUCUUCUUCUAAACCUAAAUCCAUUCACCUUGGAACCCUCCGUGAUCUGAUUCGGAGUUGGAUUCCUUUUUUUUUUCUCUUUCUUUUUGGCAGAAGUUCGAUUCCGAGUGGUUUGUUCUUGAGGGAGUGUGAUUUGUAGCACAUGAGAGUGGACCAAUCUGAAGAAAUGUCUGAAGACGAAGAUCGAUCUUUACCUUCAGAUCUAGCCGGCGAUGCCAUAGCCGAAUCUGUAAGUAAAGCUCGUAAUUGCGUAGGGUGUUCUGGUGAUGUAGCUGGUUCUGAUUCUGGUUCUGUUGAGAAUAUACUUCAUAAUGUUCUUGAGAACGUGCUUCACUUCCUUACUUCUCGGCGUGACCGGAACGCGGCGUCGCUCGUCUGUAAGUCGUGGUAUCGCGUUGAGGCACUCACUCGAUCUGAACUCUUCAUUGGAAAUUGCUAUGCUGUUUCACCUCGCCGAGUCACGUCGCGGUUUAAUCGAGUUCGGUCAGUUAUGAUCAAAGGGAAGCCUCGGUUUGCAGAUUUCAACCUGAUGCCGCCCAAUUGGGGGGCUCACUUCUCCCCAUGGGUGGCGGCCAUGGCCAAAUCAUAUCCUUGGCUCGAGACUGUCUAUUUGAAGCGCAUGUCUGUGACUGACGACGAUCUCGCCCUGCUCGCUGACUCUUUUCCUGGCUUUAAGGAGCUUGUGUUGUUUUGCUGCGAAGGAUUUGGCACUAGUGGUAUUGCUGUUGUUGCCUCCAGAUGCAUGCACCUUCGAGUACUUGAUCUGAUUGAAUCUGACGUAACAGACGAUGAAGUGGAUUGGAUAUCUUGUUUCCCGGAGAAGGAAACUUGUCUUGAAUCUCUGAUGUUUGAUUGUAUAGAGUGCCCUAUUAAUUUUGAGGCACUGGAGAGGUUGGUGAGUAGAUCCCCAUCCUUGAAAAAACUUGGGGUGAAUCGUUACGUUUCCAUUGCUCAGCUAUACCGCUUGAUGAUUCGGGCUCCUCAUCUAACACAUCUUGGAACUGGUUCGUUCAGUACUUCAGAGGCUGUGGUUCAUGGGGAAUCAGAGCCUGAUUAUGCCUCUGCUUUUGCUGCUUGCAAAUCCUUGGUUUGUCUCUCUGGAUUCAAGGACAUUUUACCUGAUUACCUACCUUGUAUCUAUCCAGUUUGUGCUAAUCUCACCACUCUGAACUUGAGCUUUGCAAAUAUAACUGCUGAACAACUCAAACCAGUUAUAAGCCACUGCCACAAGCUCCAGACUUUCUGGGCUCUUGAUUCGAUAUGCGAUGAAGGACUUCAGGCUGUUGCUUCAACGUGCAAGGAAUUGCGAGAACUUCGGGUUUUUCCUGUUGAUGUGCGAGAAGAUGGUGAAGGCCCCAUUUCUGAAGUGGGCUUCCAGGCGAUAUCCGAGGGUUGCAGGAAAUUGCAAUAUAUCCUCUACUUUUGCCAGAGAAUGACCAAUGCAGCUGUGGUAGCUAUGUCACAGAACUGCCAAGAUCUCGUGGUGUUUAGACUAUGUAUUAUGGGACGACACCAGCCAGACCAUCAAACUGGAGAACCCAUGGAUCAAGGAUUUGGUGCAAUCGUUAUCAACUGUAAGAAGCUUACUAGGCUUGCUAUAUCUGGAUUAUUGACUGAUCGUGCUUUCAGCUACAUUGGGAAGUAUGGAAAACUGGUACGCACCCUAUCAGUUGCUUUUGCUGGAAAUAGUGAUUUGGGAUUGAAAUAUGUGCUUGAGGGUUGUCUUAGAUUGCAAAAACUUGAGAUUAGAGAUAGCCCAUUUGGCGAUGGAGCCUUGCGAUCUGGUUUACAUCAUUAUUAUAAUAUGAGAUUCCUCUGGAUGUCAGCUUGUAAACUGUCUCGCCAAGGCUGCCAAGAGGUUGCCAGAGCGAUGCCUCACUUAGUUGUUGAGGUGAUGAGGAAUGAAAAUGACGACGAAACUGAAAGCAGUGUCGAGGUGGAGGGUAUGGAGAACCAUGUUCAGGUGUUAUACAUGUAUAGAUCUCUUGAGGGGCCAAGGGAUGAUGCUCCAAAGUUUGUUGACAUCCUAUAGAACAUUGGACUGCUAGAAGAUUCAACUGUCACCGAACAAGCUCACAAUUUUGCGCGAUAAGUUUAUUACUUCUUGUCAAAGCCAUCCUUCAAUACCUAAAAAAAUCAUGUUUACCCACUUAAGAAAAGUUGAAUCCCUGUUUUUACAUGGGGAAGAUUAUCAUGGUUUUGGUAGCCAGAUUUCAUUUGAGAUAUGCAACUUCCUAAGACUUCAAAAAGUGGUGUAGUUGCUGAGGAUCAAUCACUGCACUGUUCAUCAGGAGGCUAAUCAAGUUUUCACAAGUUUGUUUCUAAUUGUUCCACGUUUAAUUUCUUCAUUUCAAUAUCUGGUAACUGUAAACUAGAGCUGCUGGAGGAAGCGGCAUGGGUCAUCGAGAGCUGCAUUAAAAGAUUAGAUAGCAAGUAUUGAUCAUUUUGUCAAUUGAAUCAAGAAAGAAAAACAUUUGCUAGGAUUGGAGGACCUGUCGACUACGAAUAUCUCUCCAACCACCAGGCGUCGAAUAGCAGGCGGAUGACACAGGUACUCGUACUCCGUCCUACUAGAAUCAUUAGUCCACUUAUUUUGAUUCAAUUUGUUAGUAGAUGUGAGAACUGAAAUACCCUGCCUCUCUAGCUAAAUGUUGUUUAUUUCUAAUCACAUGUACCAGUAGCAUAGGCCCCUGGUUAUUUAGUUUAUGAUUGUUGUUUAUCAGAAUGAGAUGGAUGGGGGUAAUAAAUGCCACAAAUUAUUCAUGGACAGAAUUUCCAUCUAGUAAUGGCACUGUCUGAGAUUUUUUUC